UCGCAAGAAGAACCCACCAACCAACCAACCAACCAACCAACCGACUAACUUAAAAACAAUUAGAAAAAUCCAAGUGACAAGCUUGCACUAAAAGUUACGUGUGUGUACAAAAGAACCCAAGCAAGUGACUAAACAAAAUGAAGUGCUUUACAACAGUUGCGCUGCUUGUAUGCCUGGCCGCCUGGACGAGCGCGGAGCCACCAGUGCCGCAAAACCAGUAUCUGCCACCCAAUCAGUCGCCCCAGGCGCCAUCCAACAACUAUCUGCCGCCCACGCAAGGCUUCCAGACGCCCUCCAACAACUAUUUGCCUCCUCAGCGUACCAAUGGCGGCGGCGGCGGCGGCGGUGGCCAGCAGCCCAGCAACAGCUACGGCGCUCCUUUGCCAAAUAGUCAGUAUGGCGCACCCGCUUUGACUGGCGCCAUCUUCAAGGGACAGAACGGAAACUCAGCUGGCGGCUAUGGCGGCGGCAACAAUGCCGGCUAUGGACAGCGCGAUGAGGAGCAGUACGGCCCAGCCAAGUACGAGUUCAAAUAUGAUGUGCAGGAUUACGAGUCUGGCAACGAUUUCGGACACAUGGAGUCGCGCGAUGGUGAUCUCGCUGUUGGCCGCUACUACGUGCUGCUGCCCGAUGGCCGCAAACAGAUUGUGGAAUACGAGGCCGAUCAGAAUGGCUAUCGCCCAACCAUCCGCUAUGAGCAGGUGGGCAAUGGCAACGGCAACGGCAAUGGCAAUGGACGCAAUGGCGGCGCUGGUGGCUACGACAGCAAUGCGCAGCAGGGCAAGUUCAAUGGCUAUCAAUAAGCAGAUCUAAGGCCUCUAUGCUAAUUUCUAGUGUUUCCAAUUUAAGUCGACCCUCUGUGUAAACUAUACUUGUCUACCUUGUUGUAUUUUAUUAGUUUUUAUCAUAACUCUCAACUGUCCUGUACUGAGUCCCACUCCAGUCGCCCCGCCGCCAUUUUUGCCAUAGCCUGGCGCGUUCUUCUUCUUGCCUUUUGUUUGCAACUUCCACUAAACAUUUGCCGAACCUGUUUUGUUAAGCAUUCUUCAUUUUGUGUUAGUCUUCACACAUGUACACACACACCCACACACACACAUACACACGCACACAUAUAUAAUGUUAAAUUAAUGUUAAUAAAUA